CACUCCCGCUCCCCGGCCCGCUCCCCGGGGCUGUCCCCGGCCCUCGGUCCCUCUCGCUGCGGCGGGGAGCGGCGCAGGGCCGCCUCAGACGCCGUGCAGGAGACACAGGUGCGGCCGGUGGAUCUGAACCACGCCAUCAAGCUGCUGGAAGAUGCAGGCUCCAGUGAUUUGGAAGACGAGCAGCUGAAAGUUCUCAAGAAGGUAGUCAAGUCUUUUGAAAAUGGGCUUCCCCUUAAGGAUUUAACACAAAUAAUGGACAUUCUUAACCUGUGUGCAGAAAAAGUGAAUGAACAAGAAGCUUUCGUUGAGCCCAUAUGUGAACUUAUUAAGUUAUGUGGUUUGCCAUUUCAAAAAAAGAAAUUAUCAGAUGAAGUAAACUAUUCUGUGGCAGUUUCAAAAUCCAUUGCACAACUUGGUUGUUUGAUGAGGGUGCCAAGUUCUCAAGUUAGAAUACAAAUCUGUAAGUGUAUAAUUAGCUUUUAUAAGAUGGAGCUACCAAAAAAACUACUUCCAGGUAAAGCACAGUGUUUUCAAGAAGAAAUGUCAGAAGAAAUCUGUGUUUGUUGCCAGCUCAUUUUAAAUAGGUCCUUUGAUUUUGUGAUUUUUUUCUAUAUAACCGUAGUCACUCUUAUAUUAAGUAUGUAGCAUUGCUGAGUGUGCAAUUAAUAUAUUUUUACAAACAUACAUACUCAAAGUAUUAAAUUAUUUCAUCAGUGUGCAAUGAAUUACUUAUUACAUUUAUAAAACUAGGAUUAAAUAAUAUCCAGAAGAUGUGAAGCAGUCACAAGCACUCUGAAAGAAUGGGUAAUAGAGGAAAAAAGACUAAUUAGGACCAGAUUUAUAAGAAAGAAAACAUAAUUUUCAGCUACGUAUAUGCAGCCUGGAGAGAAGGAACUCUGGUUUCUCUUGUGUUGCUCAUAAGGGAGCAACUUCUGAACCCAUCUAAUUUUAAUCAUGUCCUUAUGGAAACAUUUCAGCAUAGGCUCUGAAUAAAUUACGGAACUUAUCUGCAGCAAGAGGCUGGUUAUGGCUGCAGAUGAGCUCAGGCAUGAUCCUGUGGUAGUAUGGAUACGUAUGCAAACUGUAAUCAGAAUGCACUACUACUUAUUCCUUACAAUGACAUCAGAGUCUGUUACCAGAAAAAGUCAGUCAUGGAUCCCCUCUUAGAGGGGAACAUAGUCAGUGCUGGAAGAAAGUACUAGGUUGUAAUAUGGCCAAGCUACAGAUGAGAAUUGGUGCAGUGUAGAUCCAGAGUGCAGCUGAGGUAGCAUACUUCAGUAUGCCCCCCUGCUGCGUUCCCAUGGUGCAGCGUUAGCUCCUGGGUCUUCUGGCUAGUUGUCAUUUAUUUCUAGAGGCCUAAAGAAACUGUCACUGCAACAGCCCUCACAAGGUUUUGGAAGCAUGGAAUCAUUUAAAUCUGUUCUUAACUUACAAGUGAGAUUCCAAGUCGUACGAGUAUGUAGGAGUGUAUGCAUGUAUGUGUGCAUAUGUAUGCAUUUAGUUGUAUAUCUGUGAAUAGUUCAAUCAACAUAACUGAAUGCUAAAAUACAGAGAGAUUUUAUUUUUCUUCUCCAG